AUGAGGACUCUGUUUCUCCUAAGUGCAGUGCUUGCAGCUGCGUACGCAAGGCCUGCUGUCUUGUCGGAAGUUGCACCAUCACCAUGCUCGACAAAGACAGGGGCAACCAGUGCUGCCAUCCUGAAGGAUAAAAUUGGAGCAGUCAUGCAAAAAGGAGACGCCGCAUCGGUUAGCAGUGAAUCGGCCCAGUCUGAAGCGGCCAGUUCCGAAACUUCACGUUUGUCUUCUCCUGCUAACAAACCCAAAAGCUCCCCAGAAAGCAAGUUGAACCCUAACGGUAACAAAGGUCACAUUUUAGAUAGCAAAACGCCCUCAUCUGACUCUAUCAGUUCGUCUCAGAUGUCACCACAAUCUAAGAAUGCUGCUAGUCAUCAGGAAAGUGACAGCUCCGAAACAUCCAACCUGACUCCUUCCCGUGAAACACAUGACAGUUCAUUAGAGAUCAAGUCGAACGGCAACAGUAAGGUGGAGCCUAUCUCUGGUAGCAAAAUGCCCUCACCUGACUCCAUUAGUCCGUCUCGACCGUCGCCAAAAUCUAACAAUGUUGUUCGUCUUCAGGAUACUGAUAGCUACGAAACGUCCAACCUGUCUCCUUAUCCUGAAAAACCUGCCAGUUCCCCAGAGAGCAAGUUGAACCCCAAUCGCAAUGUAGGUCUCUCUUCAGGCAGCAAAAUGCAGUCUCCUGACUCCGUUAGUUCAUCUCAGACGUUGCCACAAUCUAAUAAUGCUGGUAACCUUCAGGAUAUAGAUAGCUCCGAAACGUCCAACCUGUCUCCUUCCCGUGAAAGUUCAUUAGAGAUCUACUUUAACGAAAACGGUAAGACAGGGCCCACUUCUGGUAGCAAAAUGCCCUCACCUGACUCCAUUAGUCCGUCUCGAACGUCACCAAAAUCUAAGAAUGUUGUUCGUCUUCAGGACAUUGACAGCUACGAAACGUCCAACCUGUCUCCUUAUACCGGAAAACCAGCCAGUUCCCCGGAGAGCAAGUUGAACCCCAACCGUAAACUAGGUCUCAUUUCUGGUAGCAAAAUGCCCUCACCUGCCUCCGUUAGUCAGUCCCAAACGUCGUCAGCUUCUAAGGAUAUUGAUAGCUCCGAAACGCCUAACUCGUCUCCUUCUGCCGAAACACCUGACAGUUCCACAGAAAGCAAACUGAACGUCAAUCGGCAGACAGCUCUAGCUUCUGCUGGCCAAGUGCCCACAGGUGGCUCCAUCAGUCAGUCUCAGACAUCUUCAGUUCCUAAGAAUGCUGCCAGUCUCCAGGACAUUGACAGCUCCGAAGCCUCCACCUCGUCUCCUUCUGCCGAAAACGCUGACUGUUCCCCAGAGAGCAUGUCGAACACCAACUAUAUGGUAGGUCUCGCUUCUGGUAGCAAAGUGCCCUCACCUGCCUCCGUUAGUCAGUCCCAAACGUCGUCAGCUUCUAAGGAUACUGAUAGCUCCGAAACGCCUAACUCGUCUCCUUCUGCCGAAACACCUGACAGUUCCACAGAAAGCAAACUGAACGUCAAUCAGCAGACAGCUCUAGCUUCUGCUGGCCAAGUGCCCACAGGUGGCUCCAUCAGUCAGUCUCAGACAUCUUCAGUUCCUAAGAAUGCUGCCAGUCUCCAGGACAUUGACAGCUCCGAAGCCUCCACCUCGUCUCCUUCUGCCGAAAACGCUGACUGUUCCCCAGAGAGCAUGUCGAACACCAACUAUAUGGUAGGUCUCGCUUCUGGUAGUAAAGUGCCCUCAACUGGCUCCAUUAGCCCAUCUGAAACAUCUUCAGCUCCUAAAAAUGCUGAUAGUGUUCAGGAUAUUGACAGCUCCGAGACGUCUACCUCGUCUCCUUCCACCGAAAGACCUUGCAGUUCCUCGGAAAUGAUGUUGGAUAACAGUUCGGAGAAUCUCUCUUCUGCUGGUAAAAUACCCUCACCUGAUUCUUUUACACCUACGAAUGCUGCUAGUCUUCAGGAUAUUGACAGCUCCGAGACGUCUAAGCCGUCUCCUUCCACCGAAAGACCUUGCAGUUCCUCGGAAAGCAUGUUGGAUAUCAGUUCGGAGAAUCUUUCUUCUGCUGGUAAAAUGCCCUCACCUGAUACUUUUACUCCUUCUGAAUUAUCUCCAUCCCUUAGUAACGCAAAGAGUGUUCAAGAAUUUGAAACAUCUGGUGUAUCCGAUUCUGCUCAAAAGCCCAACGAUGGCUUACCGGGCAGCAACACAUUCCCGAAUUCUCCUGUAAGUAACUUGCGAGACACUUCUUCUGUUAACCCUCAAGAAAGCGUUUCUAAAAGUCUAGGCAAUAUUGCCCGAGUAGAUACCUCUGCUACUUUUCAAGCUAGCAACAGGCCCAAAGCUGAUUCGCCUGACAGCAGCUCAUUAGGGGAUCUUGCUGACAGCAACUUUCCAUCGAGUCACUCCGCUGACUCGCCAGACGACCUCUCCCCUGCCAGUGAUCCUCGCUAUCCCACUAAUAGCUUUGUUCCUUCUGCAUCUGCCACUCCUGGUCUUGCUUUGUACCAUGCUGCCGGUUACUGGCUUUGUACCGGGCCGUUCUACAGUCAUCAAGCCAACAGUGACAGUGUGAACCCUCCCGUUACAAUGACGUACCCACCACCUAGUUCUAACAAGGCCAUGUUUGGCCUUUCCACAAGCACCCCGCUUGCUGGUCUUUCUGCCGAUAGAUUUUCCCCCGACGACAUUGCUCACUCCAGCAAUGUUAAGGACAAUGCUGAUGGGACAGUUGCAAAAGACAGGCCAGCUAGCUUCACUCCGACUCUGCGACAGCUCUCACUCGAUGAAUUAAGUAAGGUCGGGGCAGUCUCGGCGGCUGAGGAUCCAGCAGCAGUUGCCCAGGCUGCUGACACUACAGCGUUUGCCGUUGUCGCUCCAUCGGCUGCACCGGUGGAGCUGUCUGCAGGCACCGCCUUAUCUUCUGCUCCACAGAGCCAGGCACCAAACACAAUCACCUUCGGUGGCGUUCCAGUCCGCGUGUGGGCGCCACCAGCUGCACCAUCAGCGACCCAGUAUCCACGGAUCGUCAACUUUGGUGGCGUUCCCGUCCCCACCACCGUCCAAGAGGCAGCAGCAGCUCAUAACACCAUCAGCUUCGGUGGCGUCCCUGUUCAUACACUGAGCCAUCCGGCAACUGUGCCACUGAGUGUGAUUCCAAACACCAUCAACUUCAGUGGUUGGCCACUUCGUCCUGUGGUCAACAGCCUGCUGCACUAA